AACAAAUUAUUUUAUGCACCCGAUAACGCCGAACACGGCGUAAGUAGAAUAGUUUCUUUAAAAACAACUGUAAAAAAAUAUACACGAAAGGGAAAGAAUUGGGUCUCAUAAAUGAUAAACCUUUUGUAAUCGGAGGUAACUGCAAAUUGCAGCAUUUUCCGAGCAAACACUGAAUUCAGAGGCUGCCGUCGCCGAAUUCAGCUUCGGAAUCACGAUUAAAGCGGCCAUUUUAAUCUGUUAGAGGAUGCAGCAAAAUUUAAUGGUGAAUAAUUAUUCCAAGAGACCUGAUUCGUUUCCAACCGAAGAAGAGCGUCAAUAUACUUCAAAAAAAGCAGAAGGUCAGUGGCAAUGGGAAAGAGACGCCCAGCAAAUGUCACCUCAACUCUACAGUGAUGGACAAGGGGGAAAUGCUGGCAGAUCAUACUAUUCUAAUCAGAUGCCAGACACCAAAAUGGGCUCAAACCAAGAGCAAAGAGUCCAUCCCCAGGAGCAAGAUAUGGAAGUUGGAUAUGAAGACAAUCAAGCACCACAGACAUUGGAGAGGCUUGACCAUAAGUUCCAUAAUGAUAUUAUGAAAUUUAUGAAGGAACAGGAUGAUGCAGAGGAUGCAGAAAAUGCUAGACACAAAGAGAAAAUCAUCGAGAUCAAUAACCAAUAUCAGGAAAAGUUAUCUGCACUUCGAGCUAGGCAUGCUAUUCGGAGAGAAGACCUUCUCCGGAGAGAGUCCCAGGCCCGCUUACGGAAACACCAACUUUCUGGUAUGAGCCCGUACCGAAAUAACAGUGGACCUAGUGGGCCUACUAGUGAUAUGAAUCAGGGUCGUCAUGGAUAUGGAGCUCCAGAUUUAAUCCCCGGUGAACCUCAUCGACAAUUUGGUAGCGGGGGAGGUGAAUUUGAUUCAUACAGACAGCGUCAGGAAUCAUUUGGACGUGGGAGAAUGCAAGGAACUGAUACUAGUAGGGUUCCAACCCCUGGAGGUCGAGUUUACAAUACAGGUUCACGCUAUUACUGAUUAACUGAUAGCUUUUUCUUUAUCCUUGUUUGUAAAAUUAUUACAGUACUGUUAAAAUUAAACGUCCAUUUGUAGCGUAGGAAAAAUCCGUAUCUUUUAUGGUCAAUGUACGUACUAGGAUACUAAUCGAAGAUUUUAGGGUUAUAAUUGAUGAUGCAUUUUUUACGUGUUUUUUA